AUGGAUAAUUUUUAUAAUUCUGUAGAAUUAUGCAACCGACUUUUAGAGAAACGAACUCACUGUACGGGCACCCUUCGUGCUGAUAGACGACAGAAUCCAAGAGAAAUUACAGGGAGGAAAUUAAAAAAAGGUGAACAUAUAUGGAAACGAAAAGGCCAAGUAUAUGUAUCAAAGUGGAAAGAUAAGAGGGAAGUCUGCAGCAUAACUACACGUUACCACCCAGUACUGAUAGAAACGACUAAUAGAUUCAACCAAACCAAAGUAAAGCCAAAAGAUCUUGCAGAAUAUAAUACUUAUAUUGACACGACAUAUAUGUCUGGUAUUGACCGGGUGGACCAAGUAAUUUCUUAUUAUUCAUGUCCGAGAAAACCUAUUCGCUGGUAUUUUAUCGGUAUACCAGCUGAUCACUCUGAUGAUCGAAAGUUUGUAAAAAUGGGGUCGAGACACGGAGGCAAACGCAAAAGAGCUACUGUAGAAAAUCAAGAGGAAGUAAGCCAAUCCCACUUUCAGGAAAAGAUUCCUGUGCCUGAAAGCUACAGACGAAAGAUUUACCAUUUACGAUGUCGGUAUUGUUCGAAAAAUAAUGUACGGAAGGAAACAUCGUGGCGGUGUAGAGAUUGCGAUGAAAAGCCACCCUUAUGUCCAGGACCAUGUUUUGAAAAAUGGCACAGUAACGAAAUGUGA